UCAGAGAAUCUGACCCAAACAAGUGAAAAAAACAAAAAUUGUAUUGGAAUUGGAUUAUCCUCAAGGUUGAAGCUUUCGUUGACUUCAGUUUUGAACGAUUUAAUCCAAUCCAAAGCCAUCGAAAUUUAAUGCAGAGACACAGAUUAGUGUUCAGAGGAAGGAGGAGAGAGAGAGACACGCACAGAGAGCAUGGAAGUUGAUUCCUCUGGUCCUCCCAUCUUCCACUCCUCUGGUUUGGGGGUUUUCUUGUUUUGUUUCUUCUGUCUAACUAAUUACUUUCAGAGUUGAAUAUUCCUUUCUUUCUUUGCUCAAAUUCCACAUGUGCCCUCCUGAUUUGAGAUUCUUUUACGCCUGACAUGGGCUGCCCUAAAGUUGCAUCGUCAUCUUACCUGCUUCGACUUUCUACUGUUCGUUUAUUGACGCAUGACCCUUAGGAUACUCGGAUCUCGCCAUUUUCAUCGCUCUCUAAAUUUUGGCUUUCGAGACGUAUUCAUCAGCGCACGAAGAUGAGAACAAGGAAGAUCUUUGGGAUAUCUCUCUCCCUUAUUCUCAUCAACUUGGCUGCUAUUAUGGAACGUGCUGAUGAGAAUCUCCUUCCUUCUGUUUACAAAGAAGUCAGUGAAGCUUUCAGUGCUGGGCCUACAGAUCUUGGAUAUCUUACAUUCAUACGGAAUUUUGUCCAGGCACUGGCAUCACCUUUGGCUGGUAUAUUAGUUCUUUAUUAUGACCGCCCCACAGUUCUUGCGAUGGGCACUGUUUGCUGGGCCUUAUCCACUGCUGCAGUAGGUGCCAGCCAGCAUUUUCUGCAGGUUGCUUUCUGGAGGGCCAUAAAUGGUAUUGGGCUGGCCAUUGUUAUACCAGCACUACAGUCCUUCAUAGCUGAUAGCUAUCUGGAUGGUGUUCGAGGGAGGGGGUUUGGGUUGCUAAACCUUGUUGGUUCUGUGGGUGGAAUAGGAGGUGGUGUCGUGGCAACAGUUAUGGCUGGUCAGGAAUAUUGGGGAAUACCGGGAUGGCGUUGUGCGUUUAUUAUGAUGGCAUUAUUGAGUUCACUGAUUGGGUUCCUGGUCUUUCUGUUUGUUGUUGACCCAGGGAGAACACAUACUGUCACUAUUGAGGCCGGGGACAUGUCUGAGAGGAACAUGUUGAUACCAAAGCCCAGUUCACUGUCAGUUUGGAUGGAUUCCUGGACAGCUAUGAAAUCUGUUACGAAAGUUCAUACAUUUCAGGUUAUUGUCUUGCAGGGUAUCGUUGGUUCUUUACCAUGGACUGCCAUGGUUUUCUUCACAAUGUGGUUUGAAUUAAUUGGUUUUGAUCAUAGUGAGUCAGCAACCCUUAUCGGCCUUUUUGCAAUUGGAUGUGCUAUAGGGAGCCUUCUUGGUGGAUUAAUAGCGGAUCGUAUGUCUCACCUCUACGCAAACUCUGGCCGCAUCAUGUGUGCCCAGUUCAGCGCUUUCAUGGGAAUCCCAUUCUCAUGGUUCCUCCUGAUGGUGAUCCCACAGUCAGUAAGCAGCUGGCUCACCUUUGCCACUACCCUUUUCCUUAUGGGCCUCACCAUCAGCUGGUGUGCAAAUUGUGCAAAUAAUCCCAUGUUUGCUGAGGUGGUCCCUGCAAAGCAUCGGACCAUGAUAUAUGCAUUUGAUCGUGCCUUUGAAGGAUCAUUCUCUUCAUUUGCAGCCCCUAUUGUCGGAAUGCUUUCGGAGAAGGUUUAUGGUUAUGACCCAAAAUCUGUAAAUCUAGUGUCAGGGUCAGCCAAGGAGGCCUUUGCCCUCUCGAGGGGACUUUUCUCAAUGAUGGCAGUUCCCUUUGGUAUGUGCUGCUUAUUUUAUACCCCAUUGUAUCUGACUUUUGGGCGGGACCGUGAUUCUGCUCGACAUGUAAACUUGAAAGAGCAAGAGAUGAUAUGAUGUUUCAGUUAAUCUCUAUGCUAUUCAUGUCGACAGUUUGGAACUCAUCAACUGACAUGGCAGCAUGAAGAUGUGAUCUUACUUUGUGAACCAAGGAAUUGAAGCAAUGCAAAUGCAAGUCCCUUCACAGUAUCUGUUGCAUCAACAAAGAUUUUGCUGCAGAUAUCUUGGUAUUCAAUGCCACGUAUUGGUACCUUGUGGAAUGUGAAUUCUCUUUUUCAUUUCAUGGCAAAAGUGAGCAUUGUAAAUGCAGAAAUUAAGAUUCACUGUAAAUUCAUACUCUAUUAUAUUUUAAUUGUUUGAAACUGAAGGUUUCUUUUGCUA